CAGUCUGUUGCAGGGAAGGGAGUGGGGCGAACAUGGCCGAAGGUGGCUCCGGCCGCCCAACGUGCCACGGGAUUCUUAGCAGGCAGGAGCCGGCCCCCAGCACUGGCGACUGCAACUUUCCAGAGUACGAGCUUCCCGACCUAAACACCCGCACUUUCCACGUGGGCGGCUUUGGGGAGUUAUGGCGUGGCCGGCUUCGUGGGGCUGGGGACUUGUCGCUGAGGGAGUCCCCGGCGCCCGCUCUGCUCGGGCGAGGAGAGGUCUCUGACUCGGACCAAGAGGAUGCCGCUGUGGCCCGGGAUCUGGGCUGCAGCCUGGAGGCGGCCGCGGAGCUAAGGGCAGUGUGCGGCCUUGAUAAACUGAAAUGCUUUGAGGAAGGCGAGGACCCAGAAGUCAUCCCAGAGGAUACUGACCUGGUGACUUUGGGGGUUAGAAAGAAAUUCUUAGAACACCGGGAAGAAACCAUUACAAUUGAUCGUGUCUGCAGACAAGAAACAUUUGCUUAUGAGAUGGAGUCACAUGCCAUAGGAAAAAAGCCUGAAAACCCCUCAGACAUGAUUGAAGAAGGCGAGCUUAUCCUAUCUGUGAAUAUUUUAUACCCUGUUAUAUUUCAUAAGCACAAAGAACACAAACCAUACCAGACAAUGCUGGUAUUGGGCAGUCAAAAGCUCACAGAACUAAGAGAUUCAAUUUGCUGUGUCAGUGACCUCCAGAUUGGUGGGGAAUUCAGCAACACUCCUGACCAAGCCCCUGAGCACAUCAGCAAAGAUCUCUAUAAAUCAGCCUUCUUUUAUUUCGAAGGAACAUUUUACAAUGAUAAAAGAUACCCGGAAUGCAGAGAUUUGAGCAGAACUAUCAUUGAAUGGUCAGAGUCCCAUGAUAGAGGUUAUGGAAAGUUUCAGACUGCUAGAAUGGAAGAUUUCACCUUCAAUGACUUGUAUAUUAAACUAGGCUUUCCUUACUUAUAUUGUCACCAGGGAGACUGUGAACAUGUUAUCAUCAUUACUGACAUAAGGCUUGUGCAUCAUGAUGACUGCUUGGAUAGGACACUCUAUCCUCUCCUUAUCAAGAAGCACUGGCUGUGGACUAGAAAAUGCUUUGUUUGCAAAAUGUACACAGCUAGAUGGGUGACCAACAAUGACAGUUUUGCACCAGAGGAUCCCUGUUUCUUUUGUGAUGUUUGCUUCCGAAUGCUCCACUAUGAUUCAGAAGGCAACAAACUGGGGGAAUUCCUUGCUUAUCCUUAUGUUGAUCCUGGAACCUUUAAUUAAGAAUAGCCACAUACAUACACACAGAAAAAUGCACCUUUCAGAAAUAACUGUUCCCUUGGAUAGUUACCUUAUAAGAAAUCCCACUGAGGACUAGAUCCACUUGGAACCACCAGCUAAACAUAACCUUUUCAGAAAGUCCAAAUCACAGAUUUUUCUGUAAAGUAACUUGCUUUUAAAUGUUUAGAAAUAUGUUUAAUUAUAUAUUAGUACUUAUUCCAAAAUAUUUUUCAUUUAGUACUUUUUGCCCCUUUUAAGUGGGUUGUUUUAUUUUCAACUUGUAGAAUUGCUGAAUAUAAAUCUUUUGUCAGAUACACAUAUUCUGAUUUUUUUCCCCAGUCCAUGGCUUGCCUAUUUAUUUUCUGUCCAGUGUUUUUCACUAAUGAUAAAAUUCAGUUAGUGAUAUAUCAAGUGGAGGAAGUAUUUUGAAAAUUCUUUGAAGAAUGUGCAAGCUAUACCGUCUACCACGAGGCUUCCAAGGUAAAGAUCCUUCAAAUAAAUAUCCUUCAAAUAUCUGUACUAAAAAUUAGGGAGAAGAAUACAAGUGAUUUUAAAUAAAUAACACAAAAUGAAGAAUAGCUAUCGUGGUAAUUUAAAGUUAUAGUGGGUUCUUUUAUAAUGUAAUGUUACCUUUAGUUUUGAUAGGUACUGGACACAUUAAGACUUUGUUUUUGAGACAGAAGCUGUCUCUGUCACCCAGGCUAGAGUAUACGACAUCAGCCUUGCUCACAAUCUCUUAACUCCUAGGCUCAAACAAUCCUCCUGCCUCAGCUUCCUAAGUACUUGGGACUAUAGGCAUCUCCCAAUUCACACCCAGCGAACUUUUGUAUUUUUAGUAGAGACAGCCCCGCUGGUCUUGAACUCUUGAGUUCAAGCAGCCUCCAGAGUGUUAGGAUUAUAGGCAUGAGCCACUGUGCCUAGCCACAUACGAGACACAAAGAAACUCACCUAUGAAAGUAAAAAGGUCUUGUAUGUUCACGCCUUCACAGAAGUAACAUUUAAAUUGAAGCGUCAAUUCUUGACAGAAACUUCCUAUGGAUCAUAAAUGCUAGGAGCUUAAAAUAUAUCAAUUUAGUAUUAUGAUUAUAAAAAUAUGUUUUACAUGACUAUAGGGACAUGGUAAGAAUCAAGAUUGUACUGAUUGCUAGCACUGGCUCACUUAUUUUUAGCUAGUAUUAUUGAAUAUUCUAUAAGCAAAAACAAAAGUAAACAGUUUCCUGGCCCAGCUCUUCUAUUCCUCUGGCCCCUAACUAUAAUAAUCCAAGUUACUCUCUUCUGUCAUCCUGAGCCAAAGAGAAAAGGAAACUUUUAAUUGAUUCCCAGGUCCAGAUCCUCAGAAAAAACUGUAGCUAGUUAUCUAUACUGAAAUAUUUUCUGGAAACCUUUUUGGGUGGAAAAUUUAAUACCUCCUGAGACUUUAAGAAUGCUGUGAAACAGAUUUUAAAUGCAUCAUAGUGUUUGUUUUACUUUCUCCCAGGUUAUUUUAAAUUCACCUGAGUGCCACAUCUGGAUGGCUAAGAACAGACUUUUUAUCAUAAAAAUAAAAAAAGUGAAGCCUGUAGGACUAUAUUUAAAAGAUUGACAAUGAAGUUAUGAUUUAUGGACCUAAAUGCCACGUAUCUUUUAAGUUGAUUGGUUUGGAGCGGACAAGCACCCGUUUCUGGUAUGUCUAGUGUUUUUCUCAUUCACGGAUUCAUUCAGUUAGUACACACAGGAUCGGUAUACAGAAUUAAGAGGCCACUCUAGACUUACCCUGUUUCCCCAAAAAUAAGACAUCCUCCGAAAAUAAGACCUACUUACAGGAAAGAUAAGACGUCCCCUGAAAAUAAGAUCUAGCGCAUCUCUGGGAGCACACCUUAAAGUAAGACACUGUCUUAUUUUCGGGGAAACAGGGUAGGUUUUUACUUAGCUAUAACUAGAAGAGCAUUAAUAUUGAACAGAUGGAAAAUUCUGUUGGAAAACCAUAGACUUAAGAUAAAUGAGUGAUAUGCCCAAUUCCUAAAAUUCCACAGGUAAAAUAUAUUUUUUGAUUCUUUAUUUUCUUUACUUAGAGAUGAGGUUUUGCUAUGUUAUGUUGUCCAGGCUAGUCUUAAACUCCUGGCCUCUAGCGAUCCUCUCACCCUAACUUUCCAAGUGCUGGGAUUAUAGGUGUAAGCCAAUGUGCCAGGCCCAAUUCCUUUGUUAUUAAUACUGCAUUCCUUUUAGGUCAUGCGUUAAUGUGCAGUGGUCUGUUUACUUUGAUUCAUUUUAGAUUCAUAUUCUCAAAAUGGCAAAUUUCAGAAAGCUAAUUACUGUUAUAAUACAUUGUGCCAUGUGUGCUGCCAGUCUAUUCAUCUUAGUGGACCAAGAACAAAGAUAAUCAUUUAAAACAUUGUUUUAUUUAUUGAAAAUGUUAAUCUUUAAGAUUAAUUUUUUUUCACUAAAGACUCAGAUACCUCUUAUUGUUUCCUAGUGAAACUGAGAAGGGCUAACCAGGUUGCUCCAUUUUAUCAGUGUAAUCAGUCAUAUACAGAUAUUCCCACCAAGUUGAGUCAAAAAAAUUCCUUAUAGGGGUGUGUGUGUGUGUGUGUGUGUGUGUAUACACAACACUUUUUUUUUUUUGAGACAGAAUCUCACCUCAUUGCCCUUGGUAGAGUGCUGUGACAUCGCAGCUCACAGCAACCUCAAACUCUUGGGCUCAAGUGAUCUUCUUGCCUCAGCUUCCUGAAUAGCUGGGACCACAGGUGCCCGCCACAAUGCCUGGCUAUUUUUAGAGAUGAGGUCUCGCUCUGGCUCAGGCUGUUCUUUAACUGGUGAGCUCAAGCAAUCCACCCACCUCAGCUUCCCAGAGUGCUGGGAUUACAGGUGUGAGCCACCAUGCCCCGCCUCUAACUUUGUAUAUUUUGAAGCUAUAAAAUCUCUGAUCCAAAACAGCUUUUCUUUAUGCCUAGUUCAACCUAUUAAUCACAACUUGCUUGUUAAACAAAUAUGAAAAUGUUAUCAUGAACAGAGUAUCUUUUGUAUUUAAAAAUGAAUUUUUAUACAAUAAUAGAUGCACAUACACAAAAAUUACUAUAGAAAAGCAAUAUCUAUUAAACAUCUCUGUCAAUACCCUUUAAGGAUAAUUAAACAUUGGAUCUUACUAGGUCAGUCAUUUCUAACAUUAUCUGUGUGUUGCAGAUUAAUACAACACAAAUAUAAACACAUUUCUGCCUAUUAUACCUUUGUUUCUAAAUUCUUUAAUGAUACGGGUUUGCUAUUUCCAAUAGAUUGUCCUUUCUAAGGCCAAUGGGACAAAGUAAGUUGUUAGUGAAGCCCAUACAGAGCCCUAUACAAGCCUUUGCUCUUACACAGAAUUAGAUGGCAGAUUUCCUCUUGACCAGACAUCCAGGUAAGUGUGUGUGGGGAGGAACAUACACUUACGUGACUGUUUAUCAGCAAAACAGGGUAAAUGUAUUGGUAUACUGUUAGAAGUCACUAAUAUGAUAGCUUUUUUUUUUUUUUUCUUUUUUGGGACAGUCUCAUUAUGUCGCCCUCAGUAGAAUGUCACAGCUCACAGCAACCUCCAACUCUUGGGCUUCAGCAAUUCUCUUGCCUCAGCCUCCCAAGUAGCUGGGACUACGGGCACCCGCCACAAUGCCCAGCUAUUUUGUUGCAGUUGUUUAACUGGCCUGGGCUGAGUUCGAACCCGCCACCCUCGGUGUUAUGUGGCUGGUGGCAUAAACGCUGUGCUACGGGCACUGAGCCUAAAAUAGCAUUUUUAAGGCUUAAAGUCUCUGAUAAAAUGUCUACACACACAGUCUUGAUUCAAGAUGAUGUAUCUGAAAUUUUUCUAAGCAGCUGAAAAACCUUCAACAAUCUAUUCUGCUAGGUCAUGUAUAAAUUAACUCUUUAAAAUGUUAUCCAAUGAUGAUUUAAAAGAACCCAGCACAAAAUAGGUGUUGUUUAUACUUUUUUUUGGGAGGGGGGCUGUCAUUGAAAUCACUCAGAAGUUUGUUCAUCUUGGGAGUUUUGACCAACUACACAAUUUGAGUCACUGUUCCUAAAAAUUUUUGAUAAUCAUUCAUAAAACUUAGAGUUGUGAGAGUGAUAUUAUCUAUGAAUCAGCCUAGACAAAUAGAGAAAAUUUCUUGAGAAGACAGUGGUUCUCAACCUUCCUAAUGCCACGGCCCUUUAACACAGUUCCUGUGGGUCAUGACUCACGGGUUGAGAACUGCUGUUCCAGAGGAAGGUCUACCUAUGCAGGCAGACCUAACUUAUUAACAUGCUGCAUUAUCUCCAGAAGUUGAAUAUUCUGUGGCUUCUUGGUAAAACUACAGGUCUGUUGGGUCAGACAAAAGAUAAACAUUUCCUUUAUUUUUGCCAUCCAUGAGCUUACCCUGUCUUCCCAAAUACCACAAUUCCAUCACUUAUAAAAAGCAAAGAAAUUACUAGAGUUUGAUAGAAAAAUUCUUUAAUCAAAACAAGUUUACACAUUGACACUUAUGGCUUAACUAGAAUAAAUCUGUCCAAGUUAAAACUGUAGUAAGGACCAAACAGAUAGCGACUGGUAUAUAUGGGGGUUCUCUGAAAACAGUAGGUCCUAGUACCAUUGUAAGAUCUCU